UUUUCUAUUUUGUUUUAUAUUUCUGCUCAGGAGGUUUAUUAGUUUUGGAAUUUAAUGUCACAGCAAAUUACUUCUUGCAGGUUACUCGAGGAAUUUCACAAUUAUUUUACGAUUCCGUUUUCUUCUAAACUAAGAAUUUCAUCUGUAUUUGCUUAUGGAUUACUUUUGGGAGAAUAUCCUAGCUUAUCAGAGUUACUGCAUUGAUUUAAUACCAGGUGCCUAAAGAAAUUAUCAUAAAGAUCUGUAACAAUAAUGUAUUACAAGUUUCUUCUUUUAAUACCUUGAUAUUUUCUUGCUCUUUAUCAUUUUGGUGGAAUUAGUUUGAAUUUUUCUUACUUGAAAAUUAGUCGAAAGACAAAGGAAUGUUUCAAUCUUUUGCCAUGAAUUCAAAAUUCAGAUUUUAUCUGAUCUUGGUUGCCAGCACUAGUGUAAUAUUUGUGCUUCUAUAUAAAACUCUUUCUAGUGAAGAUCAAGACUCAGAAUCUCAUUCUAAGUAUGUGCAUACUGAUUAUAAAGCUCCCCAUUUAAGAUCUUCUAAAAGUGGUUCAUUGGUUAAUAUAAAUGAUCUUCUCCCAGUUACUCAGUCUUUGAAGCAUUUAGAGAGACAACGUCUUAAGGAAGCUCAGGUGCAUGCAAACAUAAAAAAUUCUGCUUAUCGGUCUGGAAUAUUCAAUUUUAAUACAGCAGAUAAUUUAGGGGGAGAGGAAGUAGAGAUUGAUCAUCCAGCAAGAUCUGUUAAUGAGCGAGUGAGUAAAGGCUCAAAAACUAUGAAACCUGAAGAACUUAUAAAUAUCAAUAGAAAGUUUGUGCAUUUAGACCUGAAAGGUGCUCCUCCAAUAGUAAAUUAUUAUAAAAACUUUUUCCCGCUUUUGCAUUCAUUAGGUGCCAAUGGUCUUCUUAUAGAAUAUGAAGACAUGUUUCCUUUCCAUGGUCCAUUAGAACAACUCUCUGCUCGAAAUGCAUAUUCUAAAAAUGAACUUAAUGAGAUAUUGUACAUUGCAAAAUUGAAUGAAUUGGAGGUAAUUCCUUUAAUACAAACAUUUGGACACAUGGAAUUUGUUUUGAAACUGCAGGCAUAUCAAGACUUGCGAGAAGUUCCUGUUUAUCCACAAGUUAUUUGCCCUUCUAACAAUAAGACCCAGAUACUUUUAAGACAAAUUGUUGACCAAGUUGUUGCUCUUCAUCCUCACAUCAAGUGGUUGCAUAUUGGGUCUGAUGAAGUGUAUUAUAUUGGUGAAUGCUCUCUAUGCCAACAUAAAAUGCGAAAACAUUUCAUGGAUAAGGAAGAUCUAUUCAUUUACCAUGUAAAAAACAUUGCAAAGUAUAUCAAAGAAAAAUAUAAUAUUCAGCCAAUUAUGUGGGAUGAUAUGUUUCGCAUGGUACCUGAUGAAAUUAUAAGAAAGUCUGAAAUUUGGAAAUAUGUAGAACUAAUGGCAUGGCAAUAUAGUCCUUCUGUUGAGGCAAAAAUUCAACCUGAUGCCUGGAUAAAGUAUGGUAAAUAUUUUACUGGUGUUUGGGCUGCAAGUGCUUUUAAAGGUGCUACUGGAGCAAAUCAGUAUUUGACUAAUAUAUCUUAUCAUCUGGAAAACCAUGUCUCUUGGAUUGAUGUGCUUUCCAAAUACCAGCAUGAUGUACCAUUCAAAGGUUUUGUUCUAACUGGCUGGCAACGUUAUGACCAUUUUGCAGUUCUUUGUGAACUUUUGCCUGUUUCCAUCCCAUCUCUUGCUGUAAAUUUAAUAUACUUAGAGAAACAAGUUGUAGACAACAAUUUAUUCCAAAAGGUUCGAGAUAUUUUGAUGUGUGAUUCUCGUCUAACUCUUCAGGCAAAUUAUACUGUUGAUGAAACUCUCUGCAAUUAUCCCGGAAGUAAUGUUUUUAAAGGAGCUCAACGAUUAGCCCAUGUUUCCUACAUGCUGCAGAAAUUUUUAUCUAAUAGCCAUUUUAUAGGAUGGAUGCAUGAAUAUAAUAUUCAGAUGUUGUUCUCUAGCCCAGCUCAUGUUGAACUUGCUACUCAAAAUUUGGAAGCCCUUUCUACUAAUGUUACUUUGCUUCACACUUUCAUUCAAAAUACGAUGCCUGAAGUUUAUGAUAAACAUACAAUUGAUGAGUGGUUAAUGACCUUUGUAAAACCUCUUGUGAACCAAAUUGAAAAAAUUCGUACGCAAGCUAAUAAUUUGUUAAAGUUUAGGUCCUGGCCUAGAAGGCCAUUAAGUAAAUAAAUAUAUUUGUAUAUAAGUUUAGGUAACUUAGAAGAAACUGGUUAUUGUACCUUUUCUAUGAAUGUUAUUUAUAUCUGCAAUUGAAGUAUAAUUAUGUCUUGAUGAAACUAAAUUAUCAAUAAGAUAAUUAAAUAUUUUUGGUUAAUAAAUUAAGAAAAAUAAUCUCUCAAUUAUCACAAUAUUUCAUAAAAUUAUAUUUUAUUGGUGAUUUAAGAAAAGGUAUAUGACAUGGUAUAUUAUCUGAUUUGAAUAUAUUGCAAUGUUUAACAGAUUUUAGUGACAAAUACUAUUUUGUUUUGCAUUUGACCAAAGUUCAUUUAAGAAUGUUUUUUUUUUUUUAAAAGAAAUCUAUUUGAAGAAUUUUUUAGUUAGAUUUAUGUUUUGCAAAUUUUAUUUACUCUCAAAUUAUGUUAGAGUUUGUUUUUCUAUAUGCAUAUUUUAACGCUUCUUUUGUGAUAUAUUUUUGCUGUUAUUGUACUUGUUACUCUUUUCUGAUAGUUAUUACUACUAUUUUGGGUCUUAUAUGAUAUUCUGGAUGGGUAUUCUUUUUGUAGUUUUAAUAAAAGAUGUUUAAAAUAUUUUAAUAAGAGUAGAAUAAACUUUGAUUUUUUGGUUUUAAGUUUUGGAGAUACAGAUCUUAAGUGAAAUCAAGAAUCAAUUAAAAACUUAAAAAUUUCAAGCAAAUGCUAUAUGCCACAAUUUAUACUGAAUUUAUUUACAAUAUACUUAAUUUUGUGUUGUUUUUUGUGAAGGACUAAAAGUGAUAUUUACACAGGAUUUACAAAGAGGAUCUUGGAGGUCCAGGCAAUUUUUAAUAAUGUUGAAUAUAAUGACAUAGAAUUAUAAUUUGCCAACUAUUAUUUGUCAUAAGACCUCUUUGUGAUGCCAAAUUCUUCUAAAAUGUAAAUAUUUUCACUUGUAUAUAUCAUGCAAAAUAGUUUAACUCAUUUUAUUCAUUUUUUUUUUAGAGUUUAAUCAUGAAAUUAAUCAUCAGAAUUGUUAUAAUUUGAUUUGAAUUUUAUUUUUAUGCUCCAAAAAAUUACCGUGGUCAACUGACACUAUUAGUAAUGUGGCAACAUAUAAAUAUUUGAUUGCUAAUACACUUCAUUACUUUUAGAAUACAAUUUUUUUAUGUGUCAAUCACAAGUUUGGUAUUUAUUCCUAUUUGAAAAUCAUUCCAGUAUAACAAAUAUUCAAAUAAAUAAUGGACCUUUUUGCUGUUGUUUCUCUUUUUAUUUAUCAUAGUUUAGUUUUCAUAAGUUUUCAUACGUUUCUUUAAAUUAUAAUUUGAUAAUAAAUAACAUAAAGCUAAAAUUUUUGACUGACUAUAUAUUUGUAGUAUUAUUGUAAUGAUAUUAAUAUUUUUAUAUAAGUUAUCCUCUUAAGUAAUAAAAAAGAAAAAUAAUAAAUUUUUUUUCAACUCCCAAUUUCAAGAUAGAACUUAAAAUUUUUUUUAAUGCUGCUUUAAUGAUUUUAUAUGUUAGUAAAUGUUAAAGUAAUUUUAAUUUUCUUAAGUAAAGUUUGCUGAUUAAAAAUCUUUGUUUACUAUUUCAACAUUUAUAUGUAUAUAUUGUAAAUUAUCCUUUAUGAUUAUUUUAUUGAUUUAAAAAUUUUAAAUUAUCUAAAAAGUAUGCAUGGAAACUAAAGAUUUUUUACAAAUUUUAGUUUAUCAAAAGUAUCUUUUAGUUCUUUAUCACUCAUAUCGUUACAAGGAUGUGUGAAUUAAUUAUAUAAACUAAAACUUUGACACUAUGAUUAAAACAAUUUUGUUUCAAAUGUAUUAUAAUAUGUUUUAUUUCUAUAUCAAUUGAAUUAUUUGUUUCAGAAUUCUUUAAAAAGCCUUGGGGGUGGAAUUUGUUGAAAUAUUAAUAUACCUUUAAAAUAGCUUUGCAUGUUACAAAAUCAAUUGAUAUCUCACUAUUUCUAGGUUUUAAAUGUCUUGAUUAUUGUUAAUCACUAUUAAGUAUGAUGUUGCUAUUAGGUUGAUGCAAAAUUAAUGUAUUUAUUUGAAACUCUAGCACAAAUAUACACAUCUUACCUCUUUCUAGCCAAGCAUAUUUUUUAAAAAAAUAAUCAGAAUGUACACAAUUUGUUUAAUUUCAAUGAACUAGGUAAUAAAUAAAUUAUCAGUUAUAUUUAGUAAGAGAUUUGGUAUUUUUUAUAGACAUAUUAGUAUUGAACAAUUUUAUUUAUGUGAGAGGUGAAAGUAGAUUGUUUAAAUGAAAAGAAAUUCUUGGGGAUAAAACAUUAAACUAAGUGCGAUGACAUAUUUGCAAGAUUAAUUUACAGAUUAUGGGAUUCGAAAGACCAUCCUUUCUACUAAAUAUAUUGGGGGAAAAAACAUUUCUUUCUACUGAGUAAUAAAAAUCCUUUAUUUAUCGAAGCUUAGAAGUUACGUUGGUAUGUAACAAAAUUGUAAACUUUGAAAAAAAGUAGACUUAGAAGUACUUCAUAUCCAUUUAAUGACACAAUUGUAAAAGAGUCAUGACAUGUUUUUUAGAGUUCCAUAGUGCUGUUAGUAUCAUAAAAAAAUUCAACACAUUCAUCUUUUAGCUAAUUAAGAGGUUGAAUUUUUUUCAGAGUUUAACUAUAUACAAUAUAAUUACUUCUAGUGUUAAUAUAAUCAGACUAAUGAUUAUGUGGUAUAUCUGAAAAUAUAUUUUAACUUAUACAUCUAUCCUUCUUAUACAUAUAUCCUUCUUAUACAUAUAUCCUUUUUAAAUAUAGGAUUCUCUUUUGUCAUUUGAUGGAUAUGAAAAACUUUAUUGGAAAUUUAUAUUUUCGAUUCUUUAAUUUUGCUGCCAAGUUGUUAUGUUGGCAUGUAUCUGCAAACAAUGUCUUACUUACAUGUUCUUUUCCUCCUAAUAACACCAAAAUUAUUUGAAUGUGGAUAUUUUUAAAAAUUAACAAAAUUUUCUUGGUCUAGGACAGUGUUUUAGUUAAUAUGACACAAAAAGACAUAAGAGAAGCUUAUUAUUUUUACCAUUAUCCUGUGAGUUAGAGCAAUAUAUUAGAUGAUGUCUGUUUUUAAGGUAAGUAGGUUAAGAAUAUUGUGCUGAAACUCUGAUUUUAUAGAAACUUUGGAGGGCGAAAACAAAAUUAAGCAUAACAAGAUUUUUUUUUAUAUUCAACGUUUUUGUUCUCUACCUAUUUGUACUAGCUUUCAAAUUAGUAAUCAUAUAGCUGAAUAAAUAUAUCAACAUGAUAUUCAUUAUUGCAAAAAUUUCUGAAAUGCUAGAUGGAGUGAAUAAAUAACAUUCAGGAAGGAGAGUAAAAAAGAAGAAAUCGAUUAUAUUUGGUUAGAAUUAAAUGUUAUUGAAAUGUAUUAUAUAAAUAAGAAGUUACAUAACAAAGUUAGUUUUUAUACUCCCAAUCAAAAUUGUUUUUAUUUAAAAUAAGUUAAUCUUAUACACUGUGUAAAAGAAAAUAAUAUUAAAGUUGAAAUUAUAAUAUGAAAGCAGAUGUGAAAGGGGCAUAAUUUUAAAGUAACAUUUUGCAGGAUGUGCAUUUGUUAGUAAUGCUCAAUAAUUCUGAUUAUAAUUUACAUCUUCAAUUAUAAUUCAUGUUUAAUAUUACCUUAUUAACACCACUCAAUACUUCUGAUGUCUACUUAAAAAAGGUUGAUGUAGAUACAGUGUUGUGAGUAAAAAAUUUUUUUGACAGAUUUAAUUUUUUUUUUUUACAGUAUAGACAUGUGUAGAAAAAUAUUCAGGCAUGUAUAAGUUUCAUUAAGGCAUGUAUUUCAUAGACUAACAUGCUUAGCAGAGCAUGUUAUUCUAUAAAGAUUUUUACAUGCCCAACAAGGAAUGAAAACAUUUUGGAUUUUGCAUACUCUAAAUGAUUGGCAUUUAUUUCUUAUUACUUAAUAUUUGUUUUGUUAAAUAAUUUGCUGUUUCUUUUCUAAAUUUGCUUAUAUUUUUAUGUGAGGACUUUUUUAAAUAGGCAAAUAACAACAUAGAGAAUUUAUGAAAACAUGUUUUCACGUUGAAAGUUACUAGUUUCUUUUUCCCUUCAGCUUGCAGCCAAAAUAAUUUCUUUUCACUUUUUCUAAAAUAAAGCAUUUAAACGUUUUGUUGAUAAAGUUUAACAAUGCGAGCUGAAGACAUGUAUAUUUUAUUUUCAAAAUGAACGUUUUUUGGAAAAAGGCAAAAGAACCUUUCUAAUUAUGCAUCUUCAUAAACAUCCAUGUGCCAGUUAUGAUUAAGUGUUUAAAAUGUAAGGCUAGUUUGAGUUUCAGUCUGACUUGAUUGUAUUGUUUCUAUUAAUCUUCUUUUUUACUUAUUAGGUUUAUUUAAUUAACUUUCAUUAAAAGUUUUUGUGUAGAGUUGCAUAAAGUCAUCAAGUUUACGUAUUUUUCUUAUUCUUUUAAAAUAUACCUUUUUUGUUUUAACUUGUUAUUAAAUUUUACUAACACUAAUAGUUUAUUUGAAAUAUAAUUUAAUUUUGCUCUUGUAUUUCAUUACUUUAUCUAUACAUAUUUUUAAUGUGCUAAAUUCUCAGUUAUUUUCUUUAAAGACAGAAAAGAUUUUUUUAUCAUCUAAUUUUUGUUGUGCAACAAUAAUUAAAGAUCCAACGUUAUGUUUCUUCAAAUAUAUCAUUUAUGCAAUUGGUUAAAAAUGGUCUGCAAAAAAACGACUUUUCUUUAUUCUGUAUUCCUAUAUUUAUUAAAUCAAAUAAUACUUAUAAAAAUGCUUGUAAAGUAAUCUUUUUUGACUUAGAACUAUUGACACUUGUAAAACUUCGAACAAAAAUUUUGUGCAAGAAUAAUAAAUGUUUAUCUAGGA